AUGUGCCUCCCGCUGUGCCUCUGCCCCCUCUGCCUCCCCCUUCUGCCUCCCUGCUGUGCCUCCCCCUCUGCCUCCCCGCUGUGCCUCCCCCUCUGCAUCCCCGCUGUGCCUCCCCCUCUGCCUCCCCCUCUGCCUCCCGCUGUGCCUCCCGCUGUGCCUUCCCGCUGUGCCUCCGCCUCUGCCUCCCCGCUGUGCCUCCCCGCUGUGCCUUCCCGCUGUGCCUCCCCCCUCUGCCUCCCCGCUGUGCCUCCCCGCUGUGCCUCCCCCCGCUGUUCCUCCCCGCUGUGCCUCCCCCUCUGCCUCCCCGCUGUGCCUCCCCCCCGCUGUGCCUCCCCCUCUGCCUGCCCCCGCUGUGCCUCCCCGCUGUGCCUCCCCGCUGUGCCUCCCCGCUCCUUGAGGGACAACCGGAUCGAGCUGGUUCGGGCAACGUGGGCGGAGCUUACCAUCAGCAUCAGUGACAUCAGCCUAUCAGACGAGGGCCAGUACACAUGCUCCCUGUUCACCAUGCCUGUCAAGACCACCAAGGCCUUCCUCACUGUACUGGGAGUCCCAGAGCGACCAGAGAUCACAGGGUUCACUAAGCCAGCCAUGGAGGGAGAUGAGAUCACUCUGAUCUGCACCACAUCUGGCAGCAAGCCUGCGGCACACAUCCGCUGGUUCAGAAACGACAAGGAAGUAACAGGCACUAAGGAGGUCAACGCCACAGGGAAGUCGUUCACAGUGAAGAGCACUCUGCAGCUGCAGGUGGAUCAGAGUGAUGACGGGGUGGCCUAUACCUGCAGUGUGGAGCACGUGUCUCUUUCUUCCAACCCUUACCAGGUCACAGAGGUCCUGGAGGUCCAUUACGCCCCCCAUGUGGAGAUUUCCCACUCCGUGAUCAUCCCUCAGGAAGGACAGUACUUUAAACUGGAGUGUGUCUCCAAAGGGAACCCACUACCAGAGCCAGUGUUGUGGUCUAAAGAUGGAGGGGAGCUGCCUGAUAUAGAGAGGAUGAUUGUAGAGGGCAGGGAACUCACCAUCACCGCCCUCAACAAGACAGACAACGGCACGUAUCGCUGUGAGGCCAGUAACUACCUGGGGACUAGUGGAGCUGAAUAUGUCCUGUUUGUAUACGAUCCCAAUGCACCAGGACAGCAGGACCCUGACCAUGCAUUAAUUGGAGGUGUUGUGGCUGUGGUUGUGUUCAUCACCUUGUGUUUGAUCAUAGCUCUAGGGCGGUAUCUGGCUAGGCAUAAAGGGACGUACCUAACACACGAGGCUAAAGGAUCCGAGGAUGCCCCUGACGCAGACACAGCCAUCAUCAACGCAGAGGGGAACCACGCAGCAGAGGAGAAGAAAGAGUACUUCAUUUAGACCUGUUCUUUCCAUUUCGUUCCGUCUCUUUUCCUUUAUGUUUCCACCUCUGUUCUUUCUGUUUGAUUUCUUUCUUUCACCAGAGGCAGGGGCGGACUAGGACCAGAUAUCGGCCCGGGCAUUUCAAACGCAUCAGCCCAUUUGUUUCCUUGAGGCACCCACUAUUAAGCAAAUACAUUUUUUUAAAUUCUGGCCCACUGGCAUUUGCCAGAAUUGCCCUAUGUCCGGUCCAUCUCUGCCAGUCGACCAACACAGUCUGCAGUUGGCUCAGUGCUGCUGGGGCAGGAACCAGUUCUUUGUCCCCUCCACUCCUUUCCCGAAAGAGAAAGCUCAAGUUUGGUUUUACUGGUCGGUUUUAACAAACAAAUCGAUAAAAAUGCUGCCUUGUUUUUACUGCAAAUGUACUCCGCUACUUGUACUCAGUGUUUUAAAAAGAGCAGAUCCUGUUUCAUUCAGGUUUUAGCACCCAAAUCUUUGUUGUCAUGUUUUAUUUGACAUUUCCUAAAUAUACAGACCGUUUUCAAUCUGCUUCUGACAUGUUUGUUUCAACUCUUAGUUUUUUUUUUUUUUUUUGGAGGGGGGGUUUGUGUCCCCCUACUCCCCUCACCAUCCCUGUUAUAUACCUUUUGCAGAUAUUUCCAUCAGGAAGCGGAACGAAAUGUGCUUCAUCUGACUCCGGAAAACAUUGGCUAUGCCGAUAAUUAUGCUUUCAGAGAAAAACAUGUGAACAACAUGUGACAACGAGGCACACAAUUAGGCUCUCAUGUUGUGGAAAAUGAUGGAAGUACAAUAAACUGAAUAGUUCUGACACGCACAAAAAAAAUAAAAAAUAAAAAUAAUAAUUAAUUAAUUAAAAAAAAUAUUUAAAAAAAUUAAAAAUUUUAAAAAUUAAAAAAAAAAAAGUUUAAUAAAAAUUAAAAAAUGAAGCACAAUCUGUAUGAUUGUUUCUGUUUGAAUGUGGAUAUUAUAUGAUAUCCUCUUUUAGCUUUAUUUGUAUAUUAGUAUAGGCCAUAGUCUCAUCUCAUAUAGAAAGAAACCACAGAGAGAAACAAAAGUAUAAUUAAAGCACAAAGUCUCAGACAAACGGAGAAAUACUUCUGCACCAAGCAAUUCAUUAUCUCAGGAUUCAAUACGAGUCUAAAUUCACUGAUGUUUUCAGACCAAUGAUUGGAGAUUCGGGGUACCAGGAUUCAAUGUGGCUGCGGGUUGUCAAGGGCCGUUUGACCCAAAAAAUCUUAUUCACAGUAAACACUGCAGAUGUCGGGCUCAAUGGGGAAUCAGGGCAGAGCUACAGCGUUGUUUGUCAGACCAGGAGACAUUCCCGAAAAAAAUGGGUUUCUUCUCGCAAAAAAAAAAUGUCUUUAGCGUCCGAACGGUUGGGCCUGCUAACUCCGUUCUGCUCGUCUGAAAAGGUAACCCAUACAACUGAAUGCUAGUAUGGAGGUAGUUAAGUGCCAACAAAUAUAAGGAGAUAAAUAUGUGUCAAAAAAAAAAUAAUAAUAAUAAUAAUAUUUCCAGAACUUUCUUAAGUCUCCUAGAUAUAGGACAGACAACCUUAUUCCUCAUGAUACAUUUUUUUAACUGUUUUUUUAAUGCUAUUUAUGAAUGUUAUGUUCAUUGCUUUUCCUAUGGGCUACAGUAGUAAAGGACAAAUUCAAUCUGUAAUCUUGUUUUUUUACACACAUAUAUAUAUACAUAUAUAUAUAUAUAUAUAUAUAUAUAUAUAUAUACACCUAAAGGGGUUCUAAAA